AUGGUUAACAAAGGAAAGCUAAAGAUGGCGCUUGCCGCAGAUAAGAGUACGGGUUACAAGAAAUUAAAUUUGAAAAAGAAGGAGAAGCUGGCGCGAAAAACGAAAAGCAAAAAAGGUGGGGACACGCCUGAUGUUGGAAAGAUUGUAGAGGGGGAAUGGGAGGAUGUUGAGGGGAGUGAGGAUGAGGUUGCGGAAGAUGAGGAAGAGGCUGUUGGAGCUGCGGUCGAGGAGAGUGUCAGCGAUGAAGAGGAGGAUGAUGAAGUUGCUGGCAAGAUGGAGAUUGAUUUCGCAGGUAUCGACGAAAGCGACAGCGAUUCCUCAGCCGGUGAAAACGAUCAGAACAACUCAGAUUCAGAAGAAGAGGACGAUGAAGACAUACCCGUAUCCGAUCUCGAAGACCUCUCAGACGGCGAAAAAGAAGACCUUAUACCCCACCAACGUCUCACAAUCAACAACACAGUCGCCUUGAACGCAGCAUUAAAAAGAAUAUCCCUCCCAGUAUCCAAAAUGACAUUUUCCGAACACCAAACCAUCACCACCUCCGAGCCCGUCGUAAUCGACGACGUCUCGGACGAUCUCAAGCGCGAACUAGCAUUCUACGCACAAUCACUUUCCGCAGCACAACAAGGACGAAAGUUACUCAAGGAAGAGGGCGUGCCAUUUACGCGACCUACAGACUACUUCGCCGAGAUGGUGAAGGCGGAUGAGCACAUGGCGAAGAUCAAAGCGAAGUUAAUCGAAGAAGCGGCAGGCAAGAAGGCGUCCGCAGAGGCAAGGAAACAGAGAGAUCUGAAGAAAUUCGGAAAACAAGUACAAGUAGCAAAACUACAAGAACGUGAUAAAGAACGCAAACAAACCCUCGAUAAAAUCAAAGAUCUGAAACGAAAACGCCAAGGCGCCGACACCACCACAACAAACGAAGCGGACCUCUUCGACGUCGCCCUCGAAGAAGAAACAUCCUCCAAACCCUCGCGCAAGAACCGCGAAGGCCCCAACAAACGCGCGAAGAAAGACGAGAAAUACGGACAUGGAGGCAAGAAACGGUUUAAGAAGAGUGGUGACGCGAUGAGCACGGGGGAUUUGAAGGGGUUCUCGAGUAAGAAGAUGAAAGGGGGCGCGGCGAAACGGCCGGGGAAGGCGAGGAGGGCGGGGGGGAAGAGAUAG